AGUUUUCGUGGUAACCCCGCCACCUCAUUACGUAUUCCGCGUGAACUAUGGGUCAUUGCAGGUCAUUUGCCUUGGCUGGGUUAUACGUAACUCAUUGUAAGCCGGUCUGCGGUUUAAGGAGAAAAGAUGUCGGCUGUUUGUUUGUUGUUGUUGUUCCUGUGCUCUACUAGUCUCACGGGUCCUGCCGGGGCCGGUAAGGUGUUGAUGAUGGGGCCGAGCGGCAGUCACUGGCUCAACCUGGUCUACCUGGCGGAGGGUCUGGUCAGUAAAGGACAUGACGUGGUGUCCCUGGUCCCCUCUAAUCUGUAUGACAACCAGCUGAAGGUGCUGAACACUCCUACCAGGCGUAAGAUCCACCUGGAGAGGUUUGAAGUUCCACUAGAGGGCGACUUCUUUGACAGCAUGAUCGAUCUGCAGGUGCAACUGUCACUUGGUGACAAUGAGAAUCAAUCGGUUCUCGACUUCACGUGGACAUUCGCCUACGAGGCUUUCAAGAUCACCACGUCUAGCCCCAUCGGGGUCGAGGAAUGUGAAGUGCUUGUUUUCGAUGAGAAACUCAUCUCCAAACUACAACAGAUGAACUUUGACAUCUUGAUCAUCGAUCCUGCCAUGACUUGCGGUAACAUCGUGGCUAGACUACUGAACAUACCACUGGUCAUCAUGCAAGCUCCCCACAUCAUGCCAGGUUUCCUGGAGUACGCCACCCAAGCGCCUGUACCGAUAGCAACAUUCUACUCCUUUAGAACAGACUUCACACAGAGGCUGAAGAACCUGUUUUGGCACUGCUUUGCUGGAGCACUCAUGUCGGCUUACACUAGCAGGUUCGGGCCGAUAGCGUCUCGUGCUCUUGGGUACAAGACAACGAUCCUGGAGCUGAUGGCAGAGGCAGACCUGUUUCUGAUGAGGGGGGAAUUCAUCAUGCACCCCCCUCACCCUGCCAUGCCCAACAUGGUUUACAUUGGUGGGUACCACGUGCAGAACAUCAACCCCCUACCUAAGGAUCUUGAAAGAUUCCUUGAAGAGUCAGGAGAUGCUGGCGUGGUUGUCUUGUCCUUUGGGUCCUACGCCAAGGUGAUGGGCAGGAGAAAAGCUGAGAUGUUGGCUGCAGGCCUGGCAAAGGUGCCAUUCAAGGUCAUCUGGAAGUUUCAAGGUCAAAGGCCAAAAAACACAGGAAAGAACACCUUGAUACUGGACUGGAUUCCACAGAAUGACUUGCUGGCUCACCCGAAGACGCGUCUGUUCAUCACCCACUGCGGGAUUAACGCCGUGUACGAGGCAAUGUUCCAUGGCGUGCCCAUGGUCAGAGUUCCCGCCUUCGCAGAGCAGCAUGGGAACAGCAACAACCUGGAGACCCUGGGAACAGGAGUCACCUUGGACAUCUUCACCAUGACCUCGGAUGACCUUUAUGAAGCCAUCAUGGAGGUCGCCAACAAUAAAACGUACAAAUCUAACGCCGUACGGCUGGCACAGCUCCAGCAAGACCAGCCGCAGUCUCCCAUGGACCGCGCUGUCUGGUGGAUCGAACAUGUCAUCAGACAUGGCGGCCUGCCGCACCUCAAGUCAGCGGCACGCCACCUUAGCCUGCUGCAGUACCACCUGCUGGACGUGGUGGCGCUGCUGUGCAUGGCAGUGGUGGCAGCAGGGCUUUUUCUGUGGCUCUGCUGUCGGUGCUGCUGCCGAGUUUUGUGUGGGAAGAAAACAGCUGCCAAACAGAAGCAGCAGUGAUUUGGUAGAAUGUGCAGUAACCUGCUUGAUAUUAAGAGCAAAACUGUCCUUGGCCUUAGUGCUGAACACCAUCCAUACCAAGGCAAACUGCAUAAUCCGUGGUCAUCUCAGUGAGAUGAGGACACUAACCUGUCCUUGGUGCUGAACACCAUCCACAGUACUAGUAAGGCUAACCUGCAUGCUGUGCAUUUGAAAAAUGCAGUUAAAAAUGGUAUAGGACGUUUGUGCAAUUGAUGAAGAAAGUAAUUUAUUACAAAGCAAAUGUACAGCCUGGAGCUUCUAUCAUUAAAUACAUUAUGCUGCUCUUCAUUAUAUACAACGAUUGGAGUUAGACAUGAACUCCAUCCACAGAAAGGCAAAUAGAUGAGAAGACUAUACAAUAGUCUGUGUGGUAUCUAGAGCAUACUCGUCCUUGGUGCUGUACAUCAUCUAUACGAUAGAAAACGUACUGAGAUUUUAUUUUUAUUGAUUAUUUUUAGCAACUGUCUGUACAUGUAUAUUACUGAUUGAUAGUUAGCAGUGAUAAGUCACUCGAUUUUACAAUGCCAGCCGCCACUGCUUGUCUUUUAAUGCAUCUCUUAUAUUUACACGAGCAACUGGUUAAUAUAAAGAAAAUAUAUAAACAAUGUUGUUUUCUGUCUACUACUUUAUGAGGUCACAAAUGUACCUUACCAACAUCUCAAACAUUCAUGUUGAAAUGAGAUGCUGUUGCAAUAACCGUACCUAGAGGUUAAGAAUUUAGUUUAGUAACAUGCAACAAAUCCUGGGCACUCUUGUGUUUUUACAUAAUUUCAUAAGCUUGUAUAUCAUCAUAUAUAAAAGCAAAAAACAUAAACGUACAUAAACCGCUUGCUAUACAAAGAAUACAUGUAGUA